CUCCAUUCUGAAGACCUCAUUUGUCGCCACACACCAAACCCCACACAUUCACACACAAAGAAUCACUAUCCUCACCACUCCUCUUCUCCUUAAAUUCGUCAAAUGCUGAAGCUUUUAGAUAUUUCCCGAUUCCUCAAUCGAUCGUCUUCUUCCCUCUUAUCUGCAAAUCAUCUCUCUUUUGCAUCACUUCACUCUACUCUAUCUCCUCGGACCUUCUCGAUCAUGGCUUCCGCUUCUGCUGCCGACGAUUUCGUCAAGGGCAAUGUUCAUCCCAAUGGCGUCGCCGUCAUCACUCUUGAUCGUCCUAAAGCUCUCAACGCCAUGAAUUUAGAUAUGGACAUUAAGUACAAAAGCUUUCUUGAUCAAUGGGAAGAAGAUCCAAGAGUGAAAUGUGUUCUAAUUGAGGGUUGUUCACCUCGUGCAUUUUGUGCUGGAAUGGAUAUUAAAGGUGUUGUUGCGGAAAUUCAGAAGGAUAAAAGUGGUGAUGUGAAGCAGAUCAUUACAAAUAACAAAUUAGCGGAUGUGAUUGAGAUAUUCACUGCAGAGUAUACUUUGAUAUGCAAAAUAUCUGAGUACAAAAAGCCAUAUAUCAGCUUGAUGGAUGGCAUAACUAUGGGUUUUGGUAUUGGUUUAUCUGGCCAUGGUCGUUACCGCAUUGUGACAGAGAGGACCCUUCUUGCCAUGCCAGAAAAUGGCAUUGGUUUGUUCCCUGAUGUGGGGUUCUCAUACAUAGCUGCAAAAAGUCCAGGAGAAGGAUCAGUGGGUGCUUAUCUGGGUAUGACUGGUAAAAGAAUUAAUAAUCCGGCUGAUGCUUUAUAUGUUGGCUUGGGGACACACUAUGUGCCAUCAGGAAACCUUGGUUCCUUGAAGGAAUCAUUGUUGGCAUCCUCAUUUUCGGAGGAUCCUCACCAGGACAUUGAAACAAUAGUGUCAAAAUACAGCUCCGAACUAGAGUCUGAGCCACAGCUGAAAGUACUUUUACCCCAUAUUGUGUCUGCCUUUGAUGCAAACAAGUCAAUCAGUGAGAUAAUCGAGGAAUUGAGAAAGCAUCAGCAGAGUUCUGAUGGCAUAGUGGCUGGAUGGGCCAAGGAGGCCUUGGAAGGACUUGCCAAAGGGGCUCCAUUCUCUCUCAGCUUAACACAAAAGUACUUUGAAAAAGUUGCAUCAGGCCUCAGAAGUAAUGAUGCAAAUUUGUCAAAAUUGAGCGGAGUGAUGAAACUGGAGUAUAGAAUUGCUCUUAGAUCUUCACUGAGAGAGGACUUCACUGAAGGUGUCCGUGCUGUUUUGGUCGACAAGGAUCAGAAUCCAAAGUGGAAACCACCUACUGCAGAGGAAGUAAGCGCGCAAGAAGUGGAGGUCCUGUUUGAACCAUUGGAGCCAAGCAUUGAAGAAUUGAAGGUCUAAGUGCCUAACUGGAAACCCCUUUACACUAUUAGGGCUUAAUGUUAUGUCAUUUAGAAUGACUUGUGUUGUUGUUUAUCCUAUCAAAUAAUGAAUAAACCAUUAGAAUUGAUCGAAAACAUAAACCUUCUGUAAUGGAAAUUGCAAGUCCUUUAGACCAGUUUCUUACUCUUAUUCACCAAAAAUCUGAUUAUUUUCCAAUGUCCA